GUCCACCCAAUUAUACUUGUACCAUCUUGGAAAAAACCUGGAGCAUCUGCCUGAACUGGAUUGUGCAUGCCAUUCUCUCUCUCAUUUUUUUUUUCCCUCUGCCCUGUGUCUUUGCCUCCUUGCCGUUGUUCCCCCCCCCCCCUUCCGAUCUGGACUGUGCUUGACGGCUGCUGACGCCUGAUUACCUAGCCCUUGGUGCUGUCGGCUGUGGGCAAUGAUCGAGGGGAGUGCGAGGUCUAAAACAACUCCCUGCGGCGCUUGACAUAUUGUAACCACGAGGGAUUGGAAUUGCACUUACCCGAUUGGUUCUCCGAGUGCACUGGGCUGUCGAGGCGGGGCAGACCGUAUGGGUGUUCGAGAUAACAACGUCCUAUCUAUCAAUCUGACUGCCUAUCAUUUCCAGAGAGUGCCGCGAAACCAACAUAUAAAAAGCUGGGAGAAGCCCAACGGUUCCCCGGUCCUGCUCAAGAACGAUUCGGGUGAAAUAUAAGAGAGACCAAUUGGACCUCUCACGAAGAAUAAACGAAAUACCCCUGCGAACUUUUGAAUAAGUCGCGCUUUUUUCGCUGCCUAUCACUCGGACGCGAAGGGAGCAAAGGAAUAUAUCCUUCACAAUGCAGCUGAGUCUCUUAUGGAAGGCGCCUGUCGUUAACCCGACGAACAACAAAGCCCAGUCGAUACCUGCCCUGAAUCCUUUUGACAAGUAUGGACGGACCUUCUUCUUCUCGACUUUCGGAUUCAUGAUUGCGUUCCUGUCAUGGUACGCGUUUCCUCCUCUGGUAGGUGCCUGGUCCAAAUUAUACACGCCGCCUCCCCCUCCCUUUCCGCCCCAAUGACUAAUUCACUUGGCUCCGUAGAUGUCGAAAACCAUCAAGAAAGACCUGGCUUUGACUCAGCCCGAAAUUGCAAAUUCCAACGUCCUUGCUUUGACCGCAACGUGGGUUCACGCUUUUAUUUGCUUCCCCGAUUAUUAUUUUUUUGCAUGGAAUUUACCUCUAACACUUUGUAUCUAGCCUCGUCGUCCGUCUCUUCAUCGGCCCUCUAUGCGACCGCUUCGGUCCCCGCCUCUGUUUUGCCGGGGUUCUGAUCGCUGGCGCAAUUCCCACCGCUCUUGCUGGGCUCGUGACCAACGCGACUGGUCUCCUUGCCCUCCGCUUCUUUGUGGGUGUCUUGGGAGCCACAUUUGUCCCUUGCCAGGUCUGGUCAACCGGUUUCUUCGACAAGAACGUCGUGGGAACCGCCAAUGGACUCAUGGCCGGUAUUGGUAACGCUGGUGGCGGCAUCACAUAGUGAGAACUCCCUUCCACGUGCUACACCUGAAUCAUAUGAGUCUAACCCGAACUCCCAGCUUCGUCAUGCCCGCCAUCUUUGACUCUUUGGUUCACGAACGCGGCCUGACUCCACACAAAGCCUGGCGCGUAGCCUUCAUUGUCCCUUUCAUCCUCAUUAUCUCAAUGGCCCUGGGCAUGAUCUUCCUCUGCGAAGACACGCCAACCGGUGCAUGGGCCGACAGACACAACUUUGUCCCACGCACGAUCGAAGGCAAAAUCGUGGAUGCGCCCGGAAACAUCGGCGACGUCCCCACCGCGGGCCAGGACACCAAGGGCACUUCAUACACCGAGAAGGACCAAAAGCCUAGUGACCCGGAGAACCUCAGCAGUAACGCAAGCAUAGACCUAGAAACCAUUGCUCAGAGCGAGGUCAUUCAGGCCCCUACUUUUAAGGAGGCCAUGCAGGUUAUUUUCUCGCUGCAAUGUCUCAUGCUCGCGGCACCAUAUGCUUGCUCGUUCGGUGGGGAGUUGGCGAUUAAUUCGAUUUUGGGGGCAUUCUAUCUCAAGAACUUCCCUUACCUCGGGCAGACGAACUCCGGAAGGUGGGCUGCCAUGUUUGGUCUUCUCAAUGUCUUCUUCAGACCCGCUGGUGGGAUCAUCGCGGACAUCAUUUACAGACAUACGAAGAGCGUUACGGCGAAGAAAUGGUGGCUUGUGUUCAUCGGCUGCAUGCAAGGUGUUUUCUGUCUGGCCAUCGGAAUCCUGAACCCACACAACGAAUCUACGAUGUUUGGACUUGUUGCGUAAGUCACCUGAUUCUCUCCAUCACUUCCCCCCACCCCCCUACUCUUUUUCGAUAUGCUAACAAUGGUUUAUACAGUGGGUUGGCAUUCUUCAUGGACGCUUCUAACGGCGCCAACUUCGCCAUAGUCCCGCACGUGCACCCCUUCGCCAAUGGAAUUCUAUCGGGAGUAGUCGGUGCGACGGGAAAUCUCGGCGGCGUCAUUUUCAGUGUCAUCUUCCGAUACAAUGGUGUAAGAUAUGACAAAGUCAUCAUGAUCAUCGGGGCAAUCUGCAUUGGGAUUAACCUGGGAAUCAGCUGGAUAAGGGUUAUCCCGAAGGGGCAGAUCGGUGGGAGAUAAGGAUCCCCGUCUUUUCCUCGAGUAAUAAUUUCUAGCCAGAAUGUUUUGUAUUUAUUUUCUCCUUCUUUAUGAUUGGAUCAUGAGUAAUUCUGGUGUUUUCUGUAUUUCUUUCCUCCCCCCCUCCCCCUUUCCUGACUUGUACUUGUCGGGGGAGCUCCUUGGGUAGAGAAAACUGUAUCUAUUAGAUUUGGCGUACGAUAUCAUGUAUGGGUCGUAUUAUUGUUUCACAUGUAACGUGGUACAGCACCCCAACUGAAGGUCUAGGCGCAAGAGAUAAGGCCCCCACGUGAAAAAUGAGGGGAACAUGAAUACCGGUAAUUAAGAGUGACGGAGUGGUCACCCCUACAGUAAAAGCGGACUUGACCUGUCACCCACCCUGGCAGAUGACGGGAGUCACGACUGAUCAUGGUGGUGGGAGGGUUAGGGUUGCAGCAAGGGUUAAGGAUAAUUUUGGCUGGUGCCAAUCGCUGUUUAGCGGUUAUUGCUGCACGGUCGUCCACAGUAUUUUUGGUA